AUGGUACAACAACUUCAUAAAAGCCCCCAGAGGGGAGUACUCCUGCUCUGCUGUUUACUAACAUUGCUACUGAAUCGAUCCUUUGCCGCUGCGGGCAGCAUAUCGCAGUCGCACAAGAACUCAGCACCAACACAGCAACAAGCAAACGCUGCUCAGCCACAACAGCAACAACAACAACAAGCACACAUGACGCCACAACACUUGCAGCAGCAGCCACAACCUGCUGCAGAAUUUCUAAACACCAACUCACAUGUGCGCCCACAAGAGCAGCAACAACAACAACAAUUGUUAUCAUCAAUACCACCGCAUCUGUCAGCAAUAACAACAAGUGACAGCAGCAAUAACGGAAUGAAUCAUGAGUACCUCAUGAAGGAUGUUGAGGCGGACGAGGAAUUGAUUGAUCCAUUUCAAUAUAUGAACGACUUGAAGGUUGAGCCACGCUUGACAGCUGGUAAUGGCUUGCCAUGGAACCCCUACAUGACAACGAAUCAACCAUUUUCACAAAUACCCGCUAUGCUAAAUAACUUGCCAUUCACACCUUAUGGUGUUGGCGGUCCACUGCCAGCGAUGGUGACACCGCGCUUGAUGCCCUUCUUCAGCUAUCCCCAACCCGUCUUCAUACCGCUGCCAAUGUAUUUCGCGCCAUCUGAUUUGUAUUAUCCAAGUGUUACCGGCUUUGGUGGCAAUGAGAUCGUCGACGAACCAAUGCCACGCGCCGCCAAUGACCACAGAGCACAACAAUCUGCACAUUUCCAGCACACAUCCGCAGCAGCAGCAACAACAGCGCCUGGUACACCUACUGGCCGGAAUUCACAAAUCUAUUUUAUGCGUUUUGCACCAAUGCCCUACAUGUUUAUGCCGGGCUUGGGUUUUACAACACCUCAAUCCACUUUGCCAGCCAUACAGCCUUUCUCCAUGCCCGCAAUUAGUCCGAUUUUGAAUAUCCCAUUGAAUUUCAUGGCGAAUGGUAAACCCACAAAUAUUUAUCAAAUGGGUGGUAUGCCAAAUGAUUUUCAGAGCUCAGUGCAGUUCAAUAAUGUGAAUCCGUUCGGUAUACGCGCUCCAACAACGGCAUUUGCUUCAGCCGGCGCACAUAGACCGCUAGCCUCGAAUCUGGCAAACAGCUAUUCGACUCAUGGACCUUAUGGUACAACCACAUCACACCAAUCUUCGUUGCAGGCGCUACAGCAGGACUCAAAAAUGACAUUAUUGAAACGUCCGUACCUCUUUAAUGGACGUCCGGAGGAGAUCUACACAUUGCCGAACAAUUUUAAUCCGCUCUAUACGAAUGCGGCAUACUUUUAAAGGCGAAAAAUAUUAUUAUAUGAAGAGA